AUGAACAUAAAACUACCUCAAAUCGACCUGCCGCAUUUUAAUGGAACAUACGAGAACUGGUUACCCUUUUAUGAGGGAUUUAAAGCACUUGUUCUUGAUAAUCCGUCACUCAACAAUAUUCAACGCUUUUAUUAUUUACUUUCGGCUUUAAAGAAUGACUCGAUUCAGGUAGUUCAGUCACUAGAAAUCAGCGAUCACAAUUUUGAUAUAGCAUGGCAAUUGCUGAAGGACAGAUAUGAGAACAAACGUGUAAUUGUUCAAAAUCAUAUAAAAGGCAUAUUUGAGCUCCCCGUUAUGAGCAAAGAAAAUCACGGUAUCUUAAGAAAAAUUAUAGACGGUUUUUCUAAACAUCAGAGAGCUUUAAAGUCAUUAGGACAACCAAUCAGUACCUGGGAUACAUUAUUGAUUUAUAUUUUAAGCAAUAAAUUAGAUAAUCAUACAAGACGCGAAUGGGAAGCAUCUUUAAAGUCAGAUCAGCUACCAGAUAUAACUAUAUUUUUAGAUUUUCUUAAAAAUAAAGCACAAUUGCUCGAAACAUUAGACACUCGUGAAACAAAUAGGGUAGUAGGAGUUAAGUCAGAUAAAUCAUUCAUGCGUUCAUCAAGUCAUUUAGUCACCAAAGCCAAUGAUCAAUUUAGAACUGAUUGUAGGUUUUGCAGAGAUAUCACAUGA